AUGCAGGCAAUCCGGCAACCCAUGCGCUCUGCGCUCUCAAAGGCCGCUACCAGGCAGUAUGCGACCGCUUCCUCGCAGUACGCCGAGACGAUUAAGAACCUUCGCAUCAACGGCGACACCAAGGUCCUGUUCCAGGGCUUCACGGGAAAGCAGGGAACCUUCCACGCACAACAAGCCAUUGAAUACGGCACAAAGGUUGUUGGAGGCACAAACCCCAAGAAGGCGGGCACCGAGCACCUUGGACUGCCCGUCUUCAAGAACGUAGCAGAGGCCAUGAAGGAGACUCAGGCUUCCGCUACUGCCAUCUUCGUUCCCCCGCCAGUCGCUGCUGCCAGUAUCGAGGAGGCUAUCAACGCCGAGGUUCCUCUGAUUGUGACUAUUACUGAGGGUAUCCCGCAACACGACAUGGUCCGCAUCACAGACAUGCUCAAGACACAGAACAAGUCUCGCAUGGUUGGUCCCAACUGCCCCGGUAUCAUCGCUCCCGGUCAAUGCAAGAUUGGUAUCAUGCCAGGCUUCAUCCACAAGCGCGGCCGCGUCGGUAUUGUUUCUCGUUCCGGAACCCUCACAUACGAAGCCGUCAACCAGACCACCCAAGCCGGCCUUGGCCAGUCACUCGUUGUCGGUAUCGGCGGCGACCCCUUCUCCGGAACCAACUUCAUCGACUGCCUGAAUGUCUUCCUGAAGGACGAGGAGACUGACGGUAUCAUCAUGAUUGGUGAGAUUGGUGGUUCCGCCGAGGAGGAUGCCGCAGACUUCUUGAAGGAGUACAACACUGCCAACAAGCCCGUUGUCAGCUUCAUCGCUGGUAUCUCUGCACCGCCAGGCAGGAGAAUGGGUCACGCUGGUGCCAUUGUUAGCGGUGGAAAGGGUGAUGCCAACUCCAAGAUCACCGCGCUUGAGGCCGCUGGUGUCACUGUUGAGCGCUCCCCCGCCAAGCUAGGAUCAACUCUCUACGACCAGUUCGUCAAGCGCGACUUGAUAUAA